UAAAAUUACAAUACUAAGAAACAUAAAGUAUCGUUGUAUUAAUAUGUUUUACUGAUAAAAGGGGGGGGGGAUAAAAAACUUCGCUUUGGUUUUUCUUCAUUCAAUGUGUGGUCCAUGAAGGUGUGUUGUUCUUGGAUUUUCACCCAUGACUAUCCAAUGCACAACCAGCUUUGAGUCCUGGAGGGUGUAUCCAAGGGUACACUACUUCCGGAAACGAUUCUUGGAUUUGUAUCCUCGAUUCAAACGAGUGAUUGGUUCUCUUCCAUUCAACAUCAACUUUGAUUUCAUGUCGGAAAUUGAUGAUGCUUUCAACUGGUUUACAAAUGAUUUGGAAAUGGUCUGCGUCGGAAAUGCUGUCCUUCCGGACAAAAUCGCCUUUGUCGACAUCAAUGCAGACCCACAGCCCUCUCACAAUGCAGUGGGGUCACGGGUGUUUUUACACGCACACACUCUUGAUGCUUAUUUUAUACAGACAUUGGACCAUACUUUGAAUUAUCUCGACUCCAACUUCAAUGUCAAAAAGCCACUGUUUUGCAUUGUGGACCUGACAAAUAAACCACCGACGUCGGAACAAGACUUUGUCAAAAAUUACAUCAAGUCGAAAAAAGAGAGCGAUGUCAUAUUUGGGUUGGAACAACUCGAAAUGGCUACAACCGUAUCCGAUUAUAUAGAAGAGCAAUUAGCGGACGUAUUUUGCCUGAUAAGGCAGUGUUUGUUGUCAGUUGGUAUUAAACAGAAUCUUUCAAACGGAAAAUAUCUUAAUGUUGAUGAGUAUGUUCGCUCAGGGCAGUUUCACCGCGAUAUGUUUGCCUAUGUUCGCGAGUUUGCUACUAUUGAUAAAGGGAAUGCAGGUGAAACGGAAAUGGAAUUGGAAGCCAUUGCUGAGAAAAUGGAUACCGGAGAGGCUCACGAUGUAGGGAAGAAACACACAGUACAGAAGUCCAUUGCAGACACGAGUUUUUACGGGACAUGUUUAAGCAGGAUGUUAAGAUGUAAUGUUUUUCUUAAGUAUUGUGAGCAAAAGUUCUCAAUUCCAGCGAAAAUCGCUAAUCUUAUUCUGGAAAAAUUAGAAUACGAAAUCCGAUUCACCGAACUAAUUUUUAAAGAUAACGGAAAUAUAUUACUGGUUGCGCAAUCUAAACACAAUAAAUCAGACUGUCCAUGUUUGUCCUUGGGUUCAUGGAUAAGCAGUGUUAUUCAAGACUUGGAUCGUGCAUGUGAAACCACUAAGAAAACAGUUGCUAUUAUGAAAAAGAUGUCAUUUGAAGUCAACGCCUACCUUGAACAGACCUCGUUUGGCACUGAUAUGAACUGGAUAUGGAAACCACCCGUUGUACCAUCGCAAUUGAGGAAAGAACUGUUGAGUGUUGAUGGAGUGUUUUGUAUUGGAACAGUUUACAAUGAAUUCACAAUUUAUUUAAAACCAGAAAACAAAGUAGGAAAUGGGGAUACAAUAGAGUUUAUGGAAGUUGAGGAUGAUAAAAAGGGGCAAAAAUCUGACAACGUAGGCGAUGAAACUGUGGAACAAAAAAUAAAACAAAUUAUGAAGCAGCAUGGAUGUCAUUUUCCGUAUGCUCUUGAAGUUGUAAGAAUUGAAUUGACUGCUCAGAUGGCAGUUGAAAAUGGAAAGACAAUUUGUUCGCCUUGGCCUGAUUUGCAGAUUGGUGAUUGCACAGAUGGCUCUGCCUGUGGUUCUAUGGACGGUGGUAUAAAAAUGCUAGAUGCUCCUCAGAAAUACCGAUUCGGAACUCUUGGUUGUUUUGUUAAAGAUGAUUUUGGGAAUUUAUUCGGGUUGACAUGUGCGCAUGUAGUAGGCAGUGCUUAUCCUAACCAUGCAGUUUUUAUAAACGAGGGAGAACAAAUUCGACGUUUUGCAACAAGUUCUCCCGAAAUGACAUUUUCCUUCGCUGAACACCAGUCUUUCCCUCUUGUUGACAUCGCAGCAGUAAACGUGGAAAAGGAUGCACAUACGAAUUGUAAUCGAAAAAUAAAAGACGAAGAAGGCGUGCACAUGGCGUGGAGGGUAUGCGAAGGCAAGCAAACCGUUGUUCCUGGCCAACGUGUUUUUAAAUACGGAGCUAAAACCGGAUGUACUCGCGGAUGUAUUGCAAGCGCCGAUUUAGAGCUUCCUAUGCCCGACUUACCAGGGGCUUUACAACCGCCAGAUAGCUACCUGAUCAUGAUCGAGUCUCCCUCUGAUGUAAGGAAUGGGCCUUUUUCGGACAGAGGUGACAGCGGAUCUAUAGUUUGUUUUGAGAAGCCUGUUGACAAUACAAGCGUGAUAAAGAAGGAACACCGAUCAGAUUUAUUCGCCAUGUCGAUGAUCCAAGCUGGCGAAAUGACGGUGGAUGGACAUUCCUCAGCCCAGAGUGUUUCUUUCAUGCUUGCGACUGGACUUAAGCUACUAUCGUUAAAAUCAAAUGUUCGUUUGACAUGCCCAAUGUCUGAGUAAGCAGAAAUUCGGAGCGUGUUUUUGUGAUAAAAGCGUUCAACAAUCACAACUUGCUGUGAAUUGAAAUUUAUGAGCUCCUGUGAUGGUAUUAAUAUUGUUAUAGGCAAUAUUAGUUUAUAAACCGAUUGACCGUUGAAUCAUUAUUGUGCUAAAAAUAGCACGUAUCCGGUAUAUCAAUAGAUGAUUAGUGUUUUACUUUGCGUGAUAUAUUCUGUACAUACACAAAUGAAAAUUGUAAUUGAA